AUGGGCUCCGUGGGGGGAGAUCACCACUUCAAGGAGGGAAGUCCAGUGGUGACCCCUGAAGGGAACAUCAUGAUGAGCUUUAGUUUUGACAGCUACCAGCUGGAAGAAGAAGAGCUUCAGGAGAAGACAGGUCAUACCAAAGGAGUCCUCACGUUCAUGGAACCAGUCUGUGAAAACCCUGAGCCUCAAGACCGUUACCAUGGAAUCUACUUUGCUAUGCUUCUAGCAGGUGUUGGUUUUCUUUUGCCUUACAACAGCUUUAUCACAGAUGUUGAUUACCUUCAUCACAAAUACCCAGGGACCUCUAUUGUGUUUGACAUGAGCCUGACCUACAUUUUAGUAGCCUUGGUUGCGGUCAUUCUCAACAAUGUCCUGGUCGAAAUGUUGAGUCUUCACACCAGGAUCACCGUGGGAUAUCUCUUUGCUUUGGGUCCUCUUCUCUUUGUGAGCAUCUGUGACGUCUGGCUCGAUCUCUUCUCCCAGCACCAAGCUUAUGCGGUCAAUCUUAUGGCAGUGGGCGUGGUGGCCUUUGGUUGCACAGUGCAGCAAUCCAGUUUCUAUGGUUACACCGGGAUGCUGCCAAAGCGGUACACUCAAGGAGUGAUGACGGGAGAAA